GCCGCUUGAAAGCUUCUCCGGAGAACCAAGCGAAGGGGAGCCGUUGCGGCGGGGUCACGUGGUCCAAAGGGGCAGUUGCUAUGGCGACGAAGGAGUUGGCCAGGCAGCUUGGUAUCAUCAGAAGAAUCUCUAAAACAUCGACCAGUGGCCAAAGUCACAGUAGACCCAAACUACGGCAGUUGUUUGACUACUUAAUCAUUAUUGACUUUGAGUCUACCUGCUGGAACGACAGACGAAAAUGUUACAGUCAAGAAAUAAUUGAAUUUCCAGCAGUUUUAUUAAACACUUCAGAUGGAAAGAUUGAAUCUGAAUUUCAUAUGUAUGUCCAACCGCAAGAACAUCCGAUUCUUUCUGAAUUUUGCACUGAGCUAACUGGCAUAAAACAGAGCCAAGUUGAUGACGGCGUCCCUUUGCAUAUAUGCUUAUCUCAGUUUUCCAAAUGGAUUCAAAAGAUACAAAAGGAGAAAAACAUCAAUUUUGCCUCAGGCCAUUCAAGCUCUGCUGCUUCUGAAGGCAAACUGUGUGCUUUUGUUACAUGGUCAGAUUGGGACCUAGGAGUUUGUUUGCAUUAUGAAUGUAAGCGGAAACAGCUGAGAAAACCUGAGAUUUUAAACUCGUGGAUUGAUCUCCGAGCAACUUACAAGGUUUUUUACUCUAGGAAGCCACAAGGAUUAAAGGGUGCUCUUCAGGAUGUGGGAAUUAUAUUUGCAGGCCGAGAGCAUUCUGGGCUGGAUGAUUCCCGGAAUACGGCUCACCUGGCCUGGAGGAUGAUUCGUGAUGGAUGUGUGAUGAAAAUCACUAAAACGUUAGAUAAGGUCCCUCCUACAAAGAAUUCUAUUGUCAGAUUUUUGAAUGGAAAAUCUUGUGUCGAUAGACUUUUGUCGAGCAGUGAUGGAGCACAGGAAUCAUGUUUGAACAAAACCAAAAAUGGCGAAUUUGCCGGCCAGAUGGAAAAUAAGGAGGAAAAUCAGCAAGAAUUCAGUCCUGAACAUUUGAAUCAACAGCCAGAUUUCAGCUCUGUACAGUUACAUGAGAACACGCAUGUUCUGCCAAACAACAGCAAGAAGAGCAAUGAACAUAACAAAACCUGUACCGGAAGACUUUUUUCUCCUCUUGGCUCUUUUCAGUCUUCCUAUUGUAACCCUGUAGGCAUCGAGCAUGGGCUAAAUAAUGGACAGUUCAUUUCAAAUUUUUCAUCACCCAAUUCAGCACUGGUUUUGGUCCCUACCACUCUCACUACUGUCAAUAUUUCUGACACAGACAUAAGCACUACUACCGAUUGCUUAUCAAUGUUGACUGAUUGGGAGGAUGUUGCAUUAAUAACCGAAUCACAAGAUGAUCAGAGUUCAGGAUCUUUACAGCCUAUGGAUCAGCCAGAUAAUAAGGAUUUGUGUGUGGAUGGAGAGAAAAUGGAUGCAAACAAAUCAACUGUCAUGAACAUAGUAUCUAAAAAUAUUGGGACAAAUGCCCUGAAUGCGGGACCAUCAGGAUCUGUUGUGUAUAAAAGUCCUGGUACUACUAUUUAUAACACAGAAAUAAACCCACCUACUAUUAACAUAGAAAUAGACACAAAUAAGCAUUUAAAUACUUCUGUGUUUAAGCUCCCUUUUUCAAAGGCAAAUACUACUUACUCAAAUAUAUCCAGUGGAAAAAAUCAAGUGACACAUCUACCCAGGCUUCCUAAGCGGAAACCUUCCAGUCCCAAAUCUCUGCCUCCGUCAAAAAAACCAACAUUUUCUGUAAAUGAUGAUAAAGGGACAUCAUCUAACCUCUCCCUGCCAUUAGGGUCAGGUUUACGUAGCGCACCUGUUGGUAUUUUAAAAUCCUCUGUUAACGUCAACCAAUCUUUCAGGGCCAGGGAAACUGGCAGAGUGACUGCUCCUAUGUGUAAGUGUGGCCGGAGAGCCAGGAGGCUAAAUGUUUCAAACAGGGGCCCAAAUCAUGGCAAAGUGUUUUAUAGUUGCCCAAUGCGGAAGCAGGAGGGGGAUCGAAAGGGUUGUGGUUUUUUCAAAUGGGAGCACGUGCUUCUGAAGGAGAAGCUCACACCUCCGCCUCAUUGCUCAAAUGCUGUGGGGCUUUUACCUAAUAGAACAAAUUGCAAGGCUCCAGAAAAUUCUGAAAGGAAAUGUCUGGGUCUCCGGCCUUCUAUGCGAAUGUAGCUCAACAUCUCCACCUCUACAUCCCUUUAACCAUUAGCUCAUGUCAUCACAGACAUUGUGUCCUGAGCAUGUUAUACUUCUAUAGAUCAUGAUGUGAAUGAAUAGCCUGUAUAAAACUGUUAAAAUUUUCUUUAAAAAAAUUAAAAAAUCAAGAAAUACAAUUGAGGGAAGCAGUGGGGGAUCUAUGGCCCUGAAAGGGUUUGAGUUUUGGAGCAAAUCUGAACAGCUUCUAAUCUUUGUUGGUUUCUCAUUCUCUUUCUCUUUAAGAAUGUGUCCUUACUCUUUUUCUAUUUUAGGAUUAUAGGUGGUUGAUCACUCUUUUUUGUAAAUUUUUAGCUAUGUAUAUAUUUUUAAAGAACUUCAUGAAUUAUGUUUCUAUUGCUGAUAACCAUAAUGUGUAGAACCUAUUGAAAUUAUGACUUUUUUUUGGAAAAAAUUGAAAUAAAGUAUUGUGGUUUUAAUUUUUUUAAA